CAUGGCACGUUGCUGAGGAAGCACACGGUGGCAAAAUGUAUCUGUCCUAAGGAGCUUCCGCCAACGACAGAGAUAUGUAAACAAAAGGAGGAUUUUCAAGAGUUUGGCCAACAGGAUUUAGGCAAGAUCUACAGAAAUGGGAAAGCGAGAUAACAGAGUGGCUUACGUGAACCCGAUAGCAGCUGCCAGAGCCCGAGGACCUGCACCCAGCUCCGGCCCCACCAUUCAGGAUUAUCUUAGCAGACCAAGGCCAUCAUGGGAGGAGGUAAAGGAACAACUGGAAAAGAAAAAGAAGGGCUCCAGAGCCCUGGCUGAUUUUGAGGACAAAAUGAAUGAGAGAUGGAAGAAGGAAUUGGAGAAAAACAGAGAGAAAGUACUUGGUGGAGGUGACAAGAAAGAAAAGGAGAAGGACAAGAAAGAGAAAAAGAAGAAGGAGAGGAAAAAGUCCAGCAGGCAUUCCUCAUCUUCCUCUUCCUCAUCGAGUUCUGAUUCCUCCUCCAGUUCCUCCUCAGAAUCUGAAGAUGAUGACGAGAAGAAAAACAUGAAAAAGAAGAAAAAGAGGAAGAAAUCAUCCAGAAAAGCAUCUAAUGAGUCUGACUCAGAGUCAGAAACGGAUAGCAGGGAGUCAUCCAAGAAAAAGAGGAAGAAACUCAGGGAGGAUGGAGAGAAAGAAAAGGAUGAAAAAGACAGUCGAAGGAAGAGGAAAGCUGAGAGGAGUCACUCUGAGUCCUCAGAUGAACCCUCAGAUAUAGAGAGAGAUGCUGAGUCCAAAAAGAAGAAACACAGUAGUGAAGAAAAGGAGAAAAUUACAGACAAGUCCAAGAAGAAAAAGAAAAAGAAGCAGCAUAAGAAACACAGCAAAAAGAAAAAGAAGACUUCUGGAUCCGAGCUGGACUAAAGGGCUUGUGUGGGUUUCUACGCAACAGGCAGCUGGAAUACCGAGUGGGAAUGGAGACGGAACUCUUGCCAGACUGUGGGGAAAACCCAUUAGAUAUCUGUACAAGUGACUCUUAGAACUCUUAGGGUGCUGCUUAGAACCGUGUGGCUUUGUGGCCAACUUGGAUGAGAGGAUCGUGUGUAGGGUUCAUUAUGGCGGGUUUGUGUGUUUGUUUUUUAAGCAGAUGAUUCUCAGUCCAAAUAAAGGUCAUUGACACCACUGGUGGCCCUGUGUGGUACAGUAUGUUUGUACUGAUGUGGAGCAGCUGCAUGAGAAAUGCUGGUUUACAAGUUGUAAAGGUUGUCGAUUUGCAUGGAAUAUUUUUUAGAAAAUGGUUGCUUUUGAUAAAGCUGACAAAGGUUUUCUGUCUGAUGUCAGACUGCACUAAAGAUGUCAUUUUACUUGUUUAAUUCCUGUUUAUUGCUUUUACUUGACAAAUCACAUUAAAUAUCCAUUGCUAAAAUACAGCAAGUCUUUAUCAGUACAUUCAAAAUGGGGAAAGUAAAAUCUUAAAGGAAUAUUCCGGGUUCAAUACAAGUUAAGAUCAAUCGAUAGCAUUUGUGGCAUAAUGUUGAUUCCCACAAACAUUUAUUUUGACUCGUCCCUCCUUUCUUUAAAAAAAGCAAAAAUCUUGGUUCCAGUGAGGCACUUACAAUGGAAGUGAAUGGGGGCCAAUUUGUGUUCAUUAAAAUACUCACUGUUUCAAAAGUAUAACCACAAGAACAUGAUUUUUGUGUGAUAAAAUCGCUAACUAACCUUGUCUGUGUAAAGUCAUAGCCAAUUUUACAACUUGGUUUCCAUCAGGGCCGUAACCACCAUAGACAUUGAGGGGGACAUGUCGCCCCCAGUAUUCAUAAUAGUGGUCUACUGAUAUGUUUUUUUGUUGUUUUUUUUUUUUCAUGGUUCAUUAUUCAAUUAUUAUAUUUGGUAUCCCCAAUCCUGAAUAUGUGGUUACAUCCUUGGUUACCAUGAAGAUGUAAUGUGAAUAAACCCUAAAAUGACUGUAAAAAUUACAAUUUAAACAACUUUACAGCUCAAAUAAUACACUUUUAAAAAAAUACUUUUAUAAAAUUAUAAGCUGCACAUUUCUAAAAUUAUGCAUCACUAGCAGAAAAUGUAUUUUCUUGUGCCCUGAACAACACAUUCUGUGUCAAGUAUGUGUAAUGUGUAAAGUAGACUAUUAACUGCCUUCACUUAUUUGCAUGCAUCUUGCUCGCUUUUCAUAACUCUAAUGUUCAUAAAACAAAUUAUGAUUCUGUA